AUGAUGCGACGUGAAGCAUUGGCAGAAUUGAAUAAAUUCUUGGAAGAACACAAGAAAGCUGCAAAUGCGGCAAAACCUCCACCAACCCCGUGGAAACCAGAGGAUGAAGAUGAACUUCUGAGUGGCGAAUCUUCUGGUGGCGGAGCUGGGUCAAAGAAACCCAGCGAAAGCGUGGUUGCAAAAAACGGAAAUUCUGCAUUUGCCAAUGAAUCUGCUACAGAGCUAAUAAGUGACGGCAGAUCGGGAGCGGGGUUUGAAUCUUCCAUGCAAACAUACGAAUUCGUUGAGCGGAUUUCCAUGGGAUUACACAAAUCUUUCAAGUAUGAUUAUGAAGCUGAACAAUUUGAUGGCAGUGAAGAAUCAAGUAGCAGUGAGGGGUUCAAACCGGUUGAGGACGAAUCUCGGGAAGACAAAUCGGAUCACGAUUUGAUUGAUUAACCUAGAACUUUAUAAUUUUUAUUUUAUUCCUCAAUUUCUCGUUUUUAAUCCAUGUUUAGUUAUCUAUUGUGUUAUGAAUCUCUUCUUUGGUUUUUGGGAAGUCCCAAAUUGUGCCAAAGCUUAUAUUUCCAAGCGUUUCCGAAAUCAUGCGUGUUUUUCGUCCCUUCA